AUGGACUGGGCUAUGAAAUUUCUCCCAAUCGGUUACCGGGAAACACAACGAGAUUGGUUUGGGAAGAAAGGAAAGUCAUGGCAUGUUUCUGUUGCUGUCAAAAAGGGGGAUGACGGAGAAAUUGAGGUAGAGUUUCAGUUGCAUCUGGGUGUAAUAUAACUAAGGUCGACGUCUAGAAAAAAGAAAACCUACAGCUGAUUUAUGAUAAGUGUUCAUCACGCGAGCGUAACAGAAAGAGUGAUAAACUAAUCUAGUAGUCAUCGGACUAACUUAGAUCAACGCAAUAAAGUGAAAGCGAUACUGCAACCAAGAUAUCUGUAAACAUUAUAUCUGUGAAGAAGACAUUGGCCAGAAAAAGUUGAUUUACACAUUUUACGCAAUGUCUGGAAGUAAAAAUGUUGGUAAACCAGAAAUGCAAGUACAGGUUUUCAACAAAUUCCCUAUUGCGUAGGUGUUUCAUAAUAUAGAGCUUUACCUCAACAUUGGCUGUAAGCCUAAUGGUGACAAUACUAAUUAGGUAAUACAAUCCCGUUUUUUCUCUAGACAAGAAGCUAUAUCCACCUUUUCGACAAAUGCACCCAAAACUGGUUUGCAGUGGCAUCAAUUCUGGAAAGUACGGUUUUGGCUUUUAAGGCCAGUUAUUCCAACCUCAGUGAAGUUUUCUUGCGACCCGAUAACGCUGGGUGCUACCACAAUGCGUAUCUUAUUCUCUCAUUGCCAAUUCUUGGUGAGCGUGUCGGAAUCAGAAUCUUCCGCUAUGACUUCAGCAAUCCCCAAACCGGUGGAGAUGUUUGUGACCGCCGUAAAGCCACUCUUAAAAGUCACAUGCGGCGAUUUAUAUAA